AAGCGCCCUAUUAUGGACUUCCUCGAGGCAGAAGGCGGCUGGAGCCUGUCCUUCUCAGGCUCUGGCUUCCUGGGCCUCUACCACGUGGGUGUCACCGAGUGUCUGCGCCAGCGCGCGCCGCGCCUCAUCCAGGGCGCCCGCCGCUUCUAUGGAUCCUCCUCGGGCGCGCUCAACGCCCUGAGCAUUAUCUGCGGCAAGUCUGCAGAUUUCGCCUGCUCCAAUCUCCUGGGCCUGGUGAGGCAUGUGGAGCGGCUGAGCCUGGGUAUCUUCCACCCCGCCUAUGGACCCAUUGAGCACAUCAGGAAAAGGCUGCAGGAAGACCUUCCUGACAACUGCCAUAUUCUGGCCUCCCAGAGGCUGGGCAUCUCCAUGACCCGAUGGCCUGAUGGUCAGAACUUCAUAGUCACUGAUUUUGCCACUCGGGAUGAACUCAUCCAGGCUCUGAUCUGCAGCUUGUAUUUUCCCUUGUACUGUGGGAACAUCCCUCCGGCCUUCAGAGGGGAGCGCUUCAUCGACGGGGCUCUGAGCAACAACCUGCCCUUCUCUGACUGCCCCACCACCAUCACCGUCUCUCCUUUCAAUGGGACAGUGGACAUCUGUCCCCAGAGCACCUCACACAAUCUUUUUGAGCUAACCGCCUUCAAUGCCAGUUUCCAGAUCUCUACCAGGAACUUCUUUCUUGGGGUCAUAUCCCUGUUCCCCCCAAAGCCUGAGGUGGUGGCUGACUAUUGCAGACAAGGUUACCUGGAUGCCCUGAGGUUCCUGGAGAGACGGGGACUUACUAAGGAGCCAGUGCUGUGGUCGCUGGUAUCUAAGGAGCCUCCAGCCAUCAUGGAGGAGCUCAGGGGCACUGACCAUGACCAGGGACAGAGGGCUGGCCCGACUGUCAGGUGGGACAUCCCCAACGUGCUGGUCAAGGAUGUGCCCAACUUCGAGCUGCUGUCACCGGAGCUGGAGGCUGCACUGAGAAAGGGAUGCAAGAGACGCUUCUGGGCCCAUAUCCAGUGUUCAGUGCCGGGGAAGGUGCUGACCUACCUGCUACUGCCCUGUACGCUGCCCUUCGAAUAUGUCUACUUCCGGGGCAAGAGGCUGAUGCAGUGGCUGCCCGAUGUACCAGAUGACUUGUAUUGGAUGCAGGGCCUCCUGAAGAGUACCAGUCUCGAAGUCUACUCCAUGGCCAAGUCAUGGCUUCUCGGGUUGGGCAGCCCAUCUGCCGCCAGAGCAGACUCUGGUAUCCUCCAGCGGCAGCAGCGGCAGCGGCAUCGGGGGACAACUGCUUCUGAGACCCGGCCCUUGAACCACAGGCUCGCUGAUUGCGCCCUGGGCUAG